UGGAGGACCUAGCCAGGGUGCAACUCUCAGUGACUCGCCGCUGCGGCCGUGAUGAGCGAUGAGCUCCAUGUGGCCGCGGACUACGAGGCCCUGGCGAAAGCGGAGAAGGACCCCAAGGCUGCACUUCAGCACUUCCGAAGAGCCCUCGAGCUGUUGGCUCCGCUGCAGGCCAAGCACGACGGCCGAGCGCUGGCGGCCGCGCUGCAGUUGCAUGUUGAAAUGGCGCAGGUGCUGCUGGCCCAGCAGCCCUACCGCGCCUUCCAGAGCGCCUCCCAGGCCCUGCGCUUGCCGCCCCCGUGCCUCUACGGCGCCAGGGCGGCCCCGGGCCUCGUCAGCGCCGCCCACCUGGUGCGCACGCAGGCGGUGCUCGCCAUGGAAGAGGCCGAGGAGAUGUACUUCUCGGACGAAGGCGAGCGUGCGGCGCUGCUCAAGGAUUUGCGCAGAAACCUGGAGGCGGUGCAGGCAGUGCAAGGCGUGAGCCCCGCCCUGCAGGAGCUGCAACGCAAGCUGCUGCGCUUUGCAGGGCCUUCGCCACAUGCGCGGAGCACGCGGAACUCACUGCAGAGGUCUUCCUCUGGCGCCUUCGCUCCCGCUGGCUCUGCAGCCGCUUUGGUGGCGGCCAGGAGGCGCUGUGCGUCGGCGCCCCGCCAAAGACCAUGACC